CAGGAAGCCGACACAUAUAUCGUCAAGAUGCCUGCCUACCACUCCGUCUUUCUCGAGGAGCCAAACCAACACCUAAUUGGCAACUUUGCCCUCCUCCCGCUCCGCACACGCACCCGUGGGCCCGCUGUCCAACUACCCGCCCUCCCCUCCGAUGUGACAGAGCUCACCAUCGAUGCCGCACAUGCGUCCUACGAUCCCCUGGAUGAGAUUCUUGCUCUGUUCCGUGCGAAUACCUUCUUCCGCAACUUCGAGAUUAAGGGUCCUGCGGACCGGGUCAUGAUCUAUGGGAUCCUGUUUGUGAGCGAGGCAUUGGGCAAGAUCAGGGCGAACAUGGGGAGGAGGGAAGCUGAAAAGGCCGUCAUGAACAUUGCGCUGGACACCAACUUCGCAAUCCCAGGCGACGCUGGGUUCCCCCUGAACCAGGCCUUCGAGGCUCCGCCCGACAGGAACUCGGCAGAAGUCCUGCGACAGUACAUUAUGCAGAUGCGACAAGAGCUGGCGACGAGGCUGCUGAACAGGGUAUACGCGGAUGGCACAGCUUCGCCAAGCAAGUGGUGGUUGAGCUAUACCAAGAGGAAGUUUAUGGGCAAGGCGUUGUAGAACUGAGUAAGACGAGUUAGAGGAGGCAAGUCAAGACGUGGUUCUGGGCAAUCUGAUUUGAGAUCAUCUAUCCACAGCUUCAAUUAUGCACUGCUCACUCGAUGUUGACCAGAAAAUUGCGAGCUUUCAUGGGAUUUGAAGAUGUUGACAUGCACAUACGAGUCGUCGCUGUGUAGUGGAUAUGUUUCGAGCAUCGGCAGACGUAGCCUUUGCCUCUCCAGACAACAACACAGCCACUCUCUUCGCAGUUUCUCUCUCGAUUUAGUUGGUCAAAUGACUGAUUGAUUUCCGCCUCACAAUUUGUGAAGUCUAGUUUCUAUGCUUGUUGUUAGUCGUGUGCAC